AUGGCGGGGGAGACAGCGCCUGACUUCGCUGACGUGCGCCGGGGAAAGCUCACGCAGGUGGACGUGCUCAAUUCGGCACCCCCUUGGCGGAAGCUUCGCCCGAUUCCGGUGAUCUGCACGCUGGCGGGCGCUGUGCUCUACACCUACUACGCGGUUCCUGGCUUAGCGCUGUUUGGGCGCACUCGGUGGCAGCUGCAGGUGGACACAGGCGCCCUGGAGCCCCGCGCUGGCGGGCCUUUCGCAGAGGUCAGCGGCUCUCUGGCUCUGCUGCUCAGUCUGGCAUACGUUUCCCUGACCUUUGUCGGGCUUGGACGAAUGGCGCAGCGCAGCUUGCCAGUGCAAACAUUCAUCUUUGAAUGCAUGGCUGUGCACAACGCGACACAGUGCUGCUACAACCUCUAUUGUUUCGUCAUGUUGGUCCUGGAGGGUCAGACACAGGGCUUUCAGAUUUGGGGGAACUUUCCAGAUGCGACGGCAACAAGCCAUCGACUGGGUUGGCUAAUGUGGCUGCAAUACCACUGCCGUCAGCUCCAACUGGUGGAAACCGGAUUCAUGGUGCUGCAGAAAAAGUUCCAGGGCGUUUCCUUCCUGCAUGUCUACCUCCGUGUUCUGAAUUUGUGGGGCUGGUUCAUCGCAUGCCGCUGCGGCUGCGGGGCGGAAGCCUUUGUCCCGGCGCUGGUGAGCUCGGGCUGCCAGACCGUCGUCUAUGGCUUGUAUUCCAGCUUCAGUUGUACUUCCAGCUCUUCACGCUCUGAUUCGAGGGUUUCGCGCGCCAGCUGGGUCUUCAGACUUCAGAUUGCUCAGUACAUCCUCUGUGCUGGGCAUUCGCUGGCCGCGGCCAUUUGGGGUCACUUCCCGGCAAAGCUGGCGGUGCUGCACCUUUUUGUCAUUGGCAAUGGCCUGAUUCUCUACACGGUGCCUGGGCGAAAGAAGGGCGGAUAA